AUGACUGACGUGCGAAACCGAUUUGGGCCGCAAUGGGCUUCUAUCGUGUGCUAUAAAGGACUCGUCCAAUCGAAUGUCUGUCCAACAUCCACCAUGUCCUCCCUUUUCACCCCUCUCAAGCUUGGAAGCAUCACUAUUUCCAACAGGAUCGGUAUGAGUGCCUUGACACGUAAUCGCUCUAGCGCAACCGUCCCGAACGAAGUAAUGCUCGAGUACUAUUUCCAGCGGGCCAAGGGUGGCGCGGGCUUCAUCAUCAGCGAAGGAACUCUUAUUACGCGUCAAGGUACCGAGUGGCAGGCGGCGCCUGGUGUUUGGAAUGAUGCACAGGUGGCAGGAUGGAAGAAGAUAACCAACGCGGUUCACGGAGCAGGUAGUAAGAUGUAUUGCCAGGUUUGGCAUCUCGGCCGUGUUUCCCACCCCGAUGCGCCAGAGCAGAUCGCUGCGGGCGAGCCCGUUUACGCACCAUCCGCAAUAAGCGCUCGUGGCGGCAAGUUCAGAUUUCUUCCAGGGAAGCCGGGCUACGUCAAGCCCACGGAGCUUCCUGAUCCAACGGUGAUCAUCGAGCAGUUCAAGCAGGCUGCCAUUCACGCAAAAGAGGCUGGGUUCGAUGGCGUCGAAUUGCAUGGCGCGAAUGGCUACAUCGUGCACCAAUUCUUGGAUUCAAGUUCGAACCAACGCACUGACAAAUGGGGUGGUAGUCCCGAGAACCGCGCGAGGUUUGCUCUGGAGACUUUGAAAGCGCUGAUUGAGGUUUAUGGACCAGAUGUGUCGAUAAAGCUCAGUCCAGAACAAGCUGGCGGGUAUAACGAUAUGGGUAUGCCUUUGCAAGAGACUAUCGACACAUAUGGUUGUCUUCUGAGCGAGGCGGACAAACUCGGGCUCGCGUAUGUGACGCUGGUGCGAUACGCUGAGUCCACCGAUGUCGAGUAUGAUGGCAAGAAACGCGCGACGAAACACGACGUCGUUGGGACCUUCAAGCCCUUUUUGAAGAACACACCGCUCUUUGUGAACGCAGGGGUUACUCCUGAGGAGGCCGAAGAGCUUGUGAGCAAUGGGACGGCAGCCGGUGUCUUUUUCGGGUUGCCUAUGGUGACCCACCCAGACGUGGGCAAUCGCAUUCGGCAGGGAAAGCCUUUAGACAACGCCCCUGACUUUGUGCACUUGUAUGGGGCUGAAGGUGUGGACCCGGCCAUAGGUUAUGUUGAUUACCCAGCUGCCACUAGUACUUGA